GGAAAGUGGAAAGGUCCGAAGUUUAAGAUGCCUGAAAUGCACAUGAAAGCUCCCAAAAUCUCCAUGCCAGAUUUUGACUUUAACUUGAAAGGACCCAAAGUGAAAGGAGAUGUGGAUGUCUCAGUACCGAGCUUGGAGGGUGAUCUGAAGGGCCCUGCCCUUGACAUCAAAGGGCCCAAACUAGACGUUGAUAUUCCAGAUGUUGAUCUUGAAGGACCUGAAGGGAAGUUGAAAGGACCCAAAUUUAAAAUGCCUGAAAUGCAUAUCAAGGCUCCUAAGAUAUCCAUGCCAGACUUUGACUUGGGCUUUAAGGGACCCAAAAUGAAGGGGGAUGUUGAUGUUUCUGUACCAAAGUUGGAAGGUGACCUUAAAGGCCCUGAUGUAGAUAUCAAAGGGCCCAAAGUUGGUGUUGAUUUUCCUGAAGUUGACCUUGAAGGGCCUGAAGGAAAACUUAAAGGUCCUAAGUUUAAGAUGCCUGAAAUGCAUUUUAAUGUUCCUAAAAUCUCUAUGCCUGAUAUAGAUUUGAACUGGAGGAAGCCUAAAGUGGAAGGGGAAGCUGAUGUAGCUAUACCAACAGUGGUGGGGGAUUUGAAAGGCCCAAGUGUGGAUAUCAAAGGUCCCAAACUAGGUGUUGAUGUCCCUGAUACUGAAAUUGAAGGACCAGAAGGGAAAUGGAAAGGGCCCAAAUUUAAGAUGCCUGAAAUGCACAUCAAAACUCCCAAACUUUCCAUGCCAGAAUUUGAUUUGAAUUUGAAAGGUCCUAAAAUGAAAGGAGAUGUGGAUGUUUCUGUGCCAAAGCUAGAGGGGGAUAUUAAGGGGCCAGAAUUUGAUAUUAAAGCCCCCCAAUUAGAUAUUAAGGACCCUGAUAUAAGUGUGGAAGUACCAGAGGGAAAGAUAAAAGGUCCUAAAUUUAAGAUGCCUGAAAUGCACAUCAAAGCUCCAAAGAUCUCCAUGCCAGAUAUAGACUUGAACCUCAAAGGUCCAAAACUGAAGGGAGAUGUUGAUGUUUCUGUUCCCAAACUGGAAGGUGACCUGAAAGGUCCAGAU